GAAAAAAAAAAAAGCCACACCACCGGGAUUUUGAGGAAUUUGCCUGUGGUGUUAAAGGGAAGGAGCAGAGUUACAGAGAAAUUGAGAGAGAGAGCUCUACCUACCGACAGAUUACAAGAGAAGUCAAGAGCACCGAGAACCAACCGUACAGACACACAGAGGCACCAUGAAACGCCUUUGAGAUCGCAUUAAAAAAAAAAAAAAGCCACUAAAAAGCAGGACUUGAGACAGUCCAGGGACAAUCUCGCACUAAUCUAGAAUUAAAGCCGUCUUUUUUUUUUUUUUUUUUUUUCUCCUUUUUUUUUUUUUUUUUUUUUUUUUUUUUUUUUUUUGCAUGCGAGGGUCAUGAGUUCCUACUUUGUAAAUCCUCUCUUUUCCAAGUACAAAGGCGGUGAAUCGCUGGAGCCAACUUACUACGACUGCAGAUUUCCACAAAGUGUUAGCAGGAGCCAUGCUCUCGUGUAUGGUCCGGGCACUACUGCUCCCACCUUCCAGCACCCUUCACACCACGUCCAAGAGUUUUUCCACCACGGAACCUCCAGCAUCUCCAACUCUGGAUACCAGCAAAACCCAUGCGCCUUGGCGUGUCACGGAGACGCUUCUAAAUUCUAUGGAUAUGAAGCUCUACCGAGGCAAUCGCUUUAUGGUGCUCAGCAAGAGACGACUGUUGUACAAUAUCCUGACUGUAAAUCGUCUUCCAACAGUAACUCUAGCGAGGGACAAGGGCAUUUAAAUCAAAAUUCGUCUCCCAGUCUCAUGUUCCCAUGGAUGAGACCUCACGCUCCCGGAAGACGCAGUGGCAGACAAACUUACAGCCGGUACCAGACCCUGGAGUUAGAAAAGGAGUUCCUCUUCAACCCGUAUUUGACACGGAAGCGGCGGAUUGAGGUCUCUCACGCCCUGGGACUGACCGAGAGACAAGUGAAGAUCUGGUUCCAGAACAGGAGGAUGAAGUGGAAAAAAGAAAACAAUAAAGAUAAGCUGCCGGGGGCCAGGGACGAGGAGAAAACGGAAGAAGAAGGGAAUGAAGAAGAGGAAAAAGAAGAGGAGGAAAAAGAAGAAAGCAAGGACUGAGUUCUCAGCCCCUUGAAGUCUCGUUUUAUGGCAGAUGAUAAAUCGAGAUGUUUACGACGGUCAUUUGCUUUUAUAGAGUAUAGAAUGGAGAGGCUCACACAGCAGUAACUACCUGUCAAACAGUUGUAGCCUUUUUUAUUGUCAUAGAAACUUCCCCUACUCCCCCCCCCCUUUUUUUUUUCCUAAUAGCUGCGUUUUUAGUUCAAUAAAUACAUAGUUGGCUUGACUGCAAGAGCAGGGGAAAAAAAGAAAAAAAUUAAAUGAUCCAGCAAAGCAAGACCACCCCCAACCCCCCCUAAACCAAGCCUGGAAGCAAAUGUCACUGCUCGUCCCCUGCUCCCUCCGCUCCCGCCUGCGAAGCUGCACACACGGAUGGGUGCAGAAUAUGUAUUUAUGUGAACAGCUUUGACUUUGCCUUUUUUGUUUGUUUUGUUUUUUGUUUUUUGUUUUGUUUUAAGCUUGGUUUUGCCUCCCCCGAAUGACCCUAGGGGAAGUGCGAGGGUGCUUCCAGCUUCCUUAGCUUGUUUGUGUAGUGUCUGUCUAUCUGUGGAGAUCUCCAUUCCUACCAGCCAUUUAUCAAUUCCCUCGGAGGGGCCAUUCCUGCAGCCCCUGCCAGAUAAGAAGAGGAGCUUGGAGGGUGAGCAUACCUGGUAGCGCCCGCAAACACACACACACACACCCCUCAU